CGCUUUGCUCGAUUGAGAGGCCACCUCAGCUUCACUGGCAUUAUAGCUACAGCUUCCACAAGCAAGGUGGUAGAUAUAGCUUCAACAGUUUCCUACUUCUUCACUUACGGGCCAACUGGCCCCCUUUUUCUUGUCAAAAUGCGUUUCCUACACUCACUUCUCUCCCUUGCCGUUAUUGCGACGGGCGUGGCAGCCGCCAAAAAGUCCUCCGCUGAGCGGUUCGAUGAAUUCCAUGCCAAACAGAGCUCGACACCGCUCAAGCUGAAGGAAUCGACUUAUAAAACACUGACCUCUACACCAAGAGACUACAGCGUUGCUGUGCUCCUCACCGCUGCCGAUGCCCGGUUUUCUUGCCAGCUCUGCCGCGAGUUCCAACCUGAAUGGGACUUGCUGGGCAAGAGUUGGGCCAAGGGUGACAAGGCCGGCAACUCACGACUGAUUUUUGGCACUCUGGACUUUGUUGAUGGCAGAGAGAUUUUUAUGUCGCUUGGCCUUCAAACUGCCCCUGUCCUCCUCUUAUUCCAGCCCACCGUCGGUCCCCAUGCUGCUCAAAAGCCAGAGCCACUGCGAUACGACUUCAGUGCCGGACCCCCGACUGCCGAAAAGGUUCACUCCUGGCUGGCUCGUCAGCUGCCCGACCGACCUCAUCCUGCUGUCAAGCGACCUUUCAACUAUGCGGGUUGGGCGAUCACCAUAACUAUUGUCCUUGGAGUUGUUACUGCAGGUGUCGUGGCUUGGCCGUAUGUCUCUCACAUUCUGCAGAGCCGCAACCUCUGGGCAGCAUUGUCCCUGAUGACCAUUCUCUUAUUCACCAGCGGACACAUGUUCAACCAUAUCCGCAAGGUUCCCUAUGUUACUGGUGACGGACGUGGUGGAGUUAACUACAUCGCGAGCGGUUUCCAGAACCAACUCGGCUUGGAAACACAAGUGGUGGCAGCAAUUUACGGUGUCCUAUCCUUUUGCGCGAUCUCCCUCGCUAUCAAGGUGCCACGAAUUGCUGAAGCCAAGUCUCAACAAGUCGCAGUCAUUGCUUUCGGUGGCGGCCUGUUCCUUGUCAACAGCUUCCUGUUGAGCGUUUUCCGUGUCAAGAACCCUGGCUAUCCAUUCUCUCUGCCGCCCUUCAUGUGAAAUCAUAAGGUAGGAUGAGAAUGGAUACAGCCGCUAAAUGUUUUGAGAGAAGAGGACGCUGUGGACCAGCAGUCACUCAGGAUCAGGAGCAUCAUCGUUUAGUGAGAUAACUUAUCUUACGACGAGUAGAAGGACAAAAGCAUGUUGUAUGAUACUUCCCAAAUAGAUCUUGCUUAGAAACGGUGGAUAAGGCGUCAGUAUCUUUUGUUCCUGAUCAAUGGCGCCCCUGGUUGCAGCUCUGAUGUUAAGACAUGGAAACCUUACAGCCAAUGUUGCCUCUCGGUUGAAACAACAGAGGCCAGUGUCACUGUCACAACAUCACGUCCCAUGCCAACAAUAGAUGAAAGAUCACUUAAACCAUGAAAAUGUUUUGAAAACUCGAGUUCUUUAUUGGACAACAAAAGGAUGAAUCCCGGUAAUUUCAGGGGCUGUCUAUAACCAUCAAAUGCGUUAUGCCCUCGUCAGAUUUGUAGUCGCCCCCCUUCCUUUGCAUCAAUAAAGACCAAACGAGGAAGCCAACCAUUUGACGCCCUACCAAUGAUCUACCUUCUUCCGCUCGCCUUCGUCACCACGCCUCUUUUUUAGGGUAGAGCAAUUUAUGCCCUCGACAUGACACCCCAGGCACGGAUGAUGUUGUCAGUGUAGCCAGCGAACAGAGUCUGGCCAUCAGCAGACCAAGCCAAGCUGACACACUCAGGCUCUCGGCUCUUCUUGCCGACAGCAGGGAACUCAGGCUUGAGCUCAUCAACCUUGCUCUUCUUCUCAAGGUCGAAGAUGAUGAUGCUGCUGGCAGUGGCAGCGCACAGCCAGUAUCUGUUGGGGGAGAAGACAAGGGCGUGGAUCUCGUCGUUGGCGUUGAGAGAGUAGAGGUGCUUGGACUCGUUAAGAUCCCAGAGCAUGGUGGUACCGUCCUUGCCACCGGAGGCGCACAGAGAACCGUCGGGGGAGAUAGUGACAGUGUUGAUGUAACCGGUGUGACCGAUGUGGUCAGUCUGGAGCUUGCAGGUGGAGAGCUCCCAAACCUGGACAAAUUGUCAGAAUUCAUCAAAUCAAUGCAUAUGAGGAUAUAAAUGGAAAGGAGGGCUAUGCAAAAGCUGGGAUCAGGGCAAUGGUGAAUAGUGGUCUCAUGGCCUGCGUGAACAGGCUCUGAAGUAGCAAAUACUUGGGUUGCAAACAUCAUGUGAAAAGCGAAGUUAUAGGAUCUGUCUUGUUUACUGACCUUGACGAGCUUGUCCCAGCCGGCGGAGACAAUGACAGGGUUCUGAGGGUUGGGGCUGAAGCGGACGCAAGAAGCCCACUCAGUGUGGCCCUUCUCGGUGAUGGUGUACUUGCAGUCACCAAGAGUGUUCCAGAGCUUGAUGGUUCGAUCG